UAUGCCAAAAAAAAUCACUAUUUAAAUAAAUUUAGAUAAACAAACUUAAUUAACAAUUAUUUACAUCAAGUCAAUUAACAUUACUUAACAAUGUCGUUUCUACGAGGAUCUACUAAUUAUGUUUGGUGUACAACAAGCGUUUUGGGGAAAGGUGCGACUGGAGCCGUUUUUCAAGGUGUUAACAAAAACAAUGGAGAACCUGUAGCCGUAAAAACAUUCAAUCAAUUAAGUCAUAUGCGUCCACAAGAUGUUCAAAUGAGAGAAUUUGAGGUAUUGAAAAAAGUGAAACAUGAGAAUAUUGUUAAAUUAUUAGCAAUCGAAGAAGAACAAGAGGGUCGUGGUAAAGUGAUUGUCAUGGAACUUUGUACCGGUGGUAGUUUAUUUAAUAUAUUGGAUGACCCUGAAAAUACAUAUGGAUUACAAGAAAAAGAAUUUUUACUCGUUCUAGAACAUUUAACAGCUGGAAUUAAACAUCUUCGUGAUAAUAAUUUAGUGCAUCGUGAUCUUAAACCGGGGAACAUUAUGAAAUUUAUUUGUGACGAUGGUACAACUGUUUACAAACUCACCGAUUUCGGAGCGGCUCGAGAACUUCAAGAAGAUCAACAAUUUGUAUCUUUAUAUGGUACAGAAGAGUAUCUUCAUCCAGAUAUGUAUGAACGUGCUGUCUUACGUAAACUUCCUGGAAAAACUUUCGGAGCUACCGUAGAUUUAUGGUCAAUUGGUGUGACCUUAUAUCAUGUAGCCACCGGUAAUCUACCAUUUCGACCGUAUGGAGGUCGUCGAAAUAAAGAAACAAUGUUUUAUAUUACAACAAAAAAGGCAUCGGGCGUAAUAUCUGGUACACAAACUGUUGAAAAUGGUCCAAUUGAAUGGUGUCGUGAAUUACCCGAACAUUGUCAACUUAGUAUCGGGCUACGAAAAGUUAUUACACCAUUAUUGGCUGGAUUAUUAGAAGUGGAUCCUGAACGAAUUUGGAGCUUUGAACGAUUUUUCACUGAAGUCACAAAUACGUUAUCUCGUAAAGCGUUAAACAUUUUUAAUGUUAAUCGGGCCAAUCUUAUAAAAAUUUUCUUACAUCCAAACGAUACUUAUGAACAACUUCAAGCACAUAUCACCGAACAAUCGGAUGUAAAUCCAGGAAAUCAAAUUCUUUUACUAAAAAAUACUUUAUUAUUAAAUAUCGUCGAUGAUUCAACCCCAGGACGUGGCUAUCCAAAUACGAAUAUCGAUGAACCAAUUAUGUUAUUUAGCAAAGAAAAUAAUAACGUUUCGUUGAUUAACGAAACAGAUGUACCAAAUUUUCCAGUUUUCCCAAAUCUAGUGUCUGUUGAGAAUGAUGCAAGUCAAGCGAAAGUUGCUUGUAGUGUCGGACACGUUUGUAAGCGUCGAAUUGAAAAAUUAUCACAAUGUAGCAGUUUAACGUAUUCAUGUGUAACGAAUUUUACGAAUUUAGUUUAUAAUGAAUUGGAUAAAUUGUAUAAAAAAUGUGAACGUUUGAAAGAGGUUACGAAUUGUGUUCAAAGUAUUUCAGCUGCGGUACAUAAUAAUCAAGUUUGUACGGAAAAAUUGAAAAAGUUUUCCAAUCAUUCGGAUACAUCUGAGUUAGCUAAUAUUUUAGAUAGGCAUGCAAAUAAACUUACAUGGCCGUCGGAGUUAGAAUCGAUUAGUAAGGAUUUUAUGACAGGGUUGAUACCAGCAAUACAGUUAUUACAUCAACGAAAUGUACGAGAAGAUUGUUUAAAACGUGAAUGGGAAAGCGUUACACGAGGUUUCCGAUGUCCAGCCCAAACUAGAGCAGCUGCUAGAGCUAAAACUCUAGUCGAUCGAUUACGUGAAUCAUGGCAACACUUAUUACGUGAUCGAGUAACACGUUCGUUAUCAUAUAACGAUGAACAAUUCCAUGUAUUAGAGCGUAUUAAAGUCGAAGAAACCGGACGACGAAUACGAGCCUUACUUGAACGUGAAUGUGCUCCAGCUGUUGCAAAUUUAGCUGAUAAUUUAGCUGAUUGGUAUAAAAUGGCACAAACGGUUUAUCUACAAAUGAUGAUUCUGGAUAAAGAUGUCGAUACAUACGAAAAAACAUUAGAUCAUUUUAUCGAACGAUUAAAUGUUCUUAAACCAUUAACCGAAGAUACAUUAAGAAGUACAAUUGAUUGCCUACGAUUAGAUUUAUUACGACCAAAGAAGAAUGCUAUGUCAAAGAAUAAUGGGGCACAAAUAUUUCGUAAUAAUUUAAAAAGUAUAUCGAGUAUUCAUGAUGAAAUUGCAACAAUCGCAUUACAAAAUUCUGACCUAAUCGGGGAAUUUAAUAAUUAUUUGAAUUUAGUUGUGAUCGAUAAAAAUGAUUCAGAUAGUUAGUAAAUUUCUUGAUAUUUUUACGAACACAUUCUAUAAAAAAUUAGGGAAGCUUUGGAUAUUUAUUAUUCAGUUUGGGGCAGAGGAAUGUGCGGUUUUUUAAACGCUGUAAAACAAAAAUUCUUUAAUUUUUAAUCUGACGACACCGAGGGUUAUGUG